GAAGGUGGAGUGACAUCAAUGGAUUCAUUUCUGCGUAAAUUCUUCCCGUCGGUGUACCGUAAGGAGAAAGAGGACACAAGCACGAAUCAGUACUGUAAGUUCGAUUCCCAAUUGUUAACGACGUUCACAUCGUCCCUGUAUCUCGCGGCGCUUAUCGCCUCCUUCUUUGCAUCGUCUGUGACGCGGACCUUCGGCCGGAAGUGGUCGAUGUUCGGCGGAGGGAUUACCUUCCUCGUCGGAGCAGCGCUUAAUGGCGCGGCUAAGGAUGUUGCCAUGCUUAUCAUCGGCCGCAUCCUUCUCGGCGUCGGUGUUGGCUUCGCCAAUCAGUCGGUCCCUCUCUACCUAUCAGAAAUGGCGCCAGCCGAACUCCGAGGCAUGCUCAACAUCGGCUUCCAGCUCAUGAUCACAAUUGGCAUUCUCGCCGCAAGCCUCAUCAACUACGGCACCGCCAAGAUCAAAGGGGGCUGGGGCUGGCGCGUCAGCCUCGCCCUAGCCGCCGUACCCGCCGCCAUCAUCACCCUCGGCUCCCUCUUCCUCCCCGACACCCCCAACUCCCUCAUCCAACGCGGCCACCAAGAGCAAGCCCUCACCAUGCUCCGCAAAAUUCGUGGCACCGAUGACAUCCACCUAGAAUAUGCCGAUCUCCAAGCUGCCAGCAAGGAAUCCAAAACCAUCCAACACCCAUGGCGAACCAUCAUCCAUCGCCGAUACCGCCCCCAGCUCACAAUGGCCAUCUUAAUCCCCUUCUUCCAGCAACUCACCGGCAUCAAUGUCAUCAUGUUCUACGCCCCUGUUCUAUUCAAAACCAUCGGUUUCGGCAGCAACGCCUCCCUCAUGUCCGCCGUCAUCACCGGCCUCGUCAACGUGUUCGCCACAUUCGUCUCUAUCUUCACCGUCGAUCGCCUCGGCCGCCGUAAGCUUUUCCUGCAGGGCGGCAUACAGAUGUUCGCUUGCCAGAUAAUUGUCGGCACCCUCAUCGCCGCCAAGUUUGGGACUUCCGGCGAAGGUCACUUGUCCAAGAGCUACUCUUCUGGGGUGGUGGCUUUCAUCUGCAUCUACGUGGCUGGGUUCGCGUGGUCCUGGGGGCCGCUGGGGUGGUUGGUGCCGUCGGAGAUUUUUCCGUUGGAGAUACGAUCUGCAGGGCAGAGUAUUACGGUUUCUGUGAACAUGCUUUUUACCUUCGUUAUUGCGCAGGCGUUUUUGUCUCUUCUUUGUAGGUUUAAGUUUGGGCUGUUCUACUUUUUCGGAGGUUGGGUGCUGAUCAUGACUGUCUUUAUUGCCAUCUUUCUGCCGGAGACGAAGGGGGUUCCCAUUGAGGAGAUGGUACUCGUCUGGAAGGCGCACUGGUUCUGGGGCCGUUUCAUUGCGGAUGAACACGUUCAUGCCGGCGGCGCCGUGGUUGAGAUGGCCGACGGUAAACAUGGCGGCGGGACGAAGGCUACAGCCACUACUGUGUAAUUGCAU